UUUUAAACGCGGUAUCCCCACCUCCGAUUUUCCACUCUCCUCCAUCAACUGCAUAAAACCCCUCCUCAAAAAUAAUUUCCCCACCCCAUCCCACAAUUUAACUAUACACACACAAUUUCAAUACAUACGGACGCAAAUCCUUGUACACAAACCCAUACCUUGACAUUCUUCAACUGUUAUAGGAGGAGGUUUGAAUAUAGGAGAGCUGUGCGAAGAGGGAUGUUGCGAUCUUGCUGUUUCCGGUGUUUCGGGAGGCGAAAUGGAGACGGCUUGCUUUGGCACAUGGACUUGAAGCCUCACGCCUCUGGGGACUUUUCCAUAGCGGUGGUGCAGGCGAAUUCCAGCCUGGAGGAUCAGAGCCAGGUUUUUACGUCGCCAUCGGCUACCUACGUCGGAGUUUACGAUGGCCAUGGUGGGCCUGAGGCCUCCCGCUUUGUUAACCGCCACCUCUUCCCUUAUCUCCACAAAUUUUCCAAAGAGCAAGGAGGGUUGUCGCCUGACGUAAUAAAGAAGGCUUUUAAUGCUACAGAAGAGGAUUUUACGCGAUUGGUGAAGAGAUCAAUGCCGGUCAAACCACAGAUUGCUUCGGUGGGUUCAUGUUGCCUGGUUGGUGCAAUUUCAGAUGGUGAAUUGUAUGUCGCAAACUUGGGAGAUUCAAGAGCUGUUCUUGGCAGGAGAGGUUUUGAUGGAGAGAAGAGUCUGGUGGCUGAAAGAUUGUCCACAGAUCAUAAUGUCUCGUGCGAGAAUGUGAGGAAGGAGGUUGAAGCUCUUCAUCCUGAUGAUUCACAUAUUGUGGUAUAUUGCCGAGGAGUUUGGAGAAUCAAGGGAAUAAUUCAGGUGUCUAGAUCAAUUGGCGAUGUAUAUCUGAAGAAACCUGAAUUUCACAGAGACCCAGUUUUCCAACAGUAUGGAAAUUUUGUCCCCAUGAAGCGACCGGUUUUGACAGCUGAACCUUCCAUUGUAACUAGAAAGCUGAUCCCACAAGAUCUUUUUCUAAUUUUUGCCUCUGAUGGUCUCUGGGAACACCUCAGUGAUGAGGCAGCCGUUCAAAUAGUAUCAAAGUACCCUAGAGCUGGAAUAGCCAAGAGAUUAGUAGCCGCUGCUCUUCAGGAAGCUGCUAAGAAGAGAGAAGUGAGGUACAAAGAUAUUAAGAAGAUUGAGAGGGGAAUCAGACGGCAUUUCCAUGACGACAUCACUGUUGUUGUGAUUUAUCUUGAUCAUCACAAAAGCUCUUCCAAACCUAACCAUAAACAAGGUACAGCCGGCUGUAUUACUCCGCCUGUUGACAUCUUCUCUUAUAAUUCAGACGAAGCCGUGGAAAACUCAGGUGACAAAAUUUUUCCGAAUGAGGAAUCACGGUCAAGGGUGGCAUAUUGAUGGUGCUAUUAAGUAGAAGAAUUACUUGAUAGUAGAAGGGUUAUCUUGUAUACAGGUUUUGUGUAGAUAGAUUAUAGUAGUGGAGUACUCUGAUAAGAGAGCAGCUAAUUUUUAGAUAUAGGCUCUAACACCAAAUACACAUUCUUUUUGUUCUUUGUCCUUGGUUUUUGCUAUCAGAGUGUUUCUGAUAGUUGAAGUUCACUCCAUUGGAGAUUACUUCAUUUGGGUUGCAAAUUUUCGGUUUUUGUUCCUGGUUAGAGGCUGUAUUAAGUUGACAACAGUUCUUGUCCAUGAUUGAUUUCUCUUUA